AUUGUGCUCUUCCGUUCCGUUGAAGAACUAUUUAGGAUUAGUCGAGUGCCUGGUUUGUGGUGCUUGUUUUCUUGUGGUGAACUCCCUUCUGUGCCUUCAGAUCUUACCUGCCCAUAUAGCACAUCUUUCAGUUUUUGAGAUAGCUCAGCACCUGAAGAAUUGAUCCGCGGAGUGAGACGGAGUGUGAAGCCGCCGGGAAGCUUGCUGGUCAAGAUGGUGGUUGAAAACUGAGUGGUGUGAGCAACUGCAUGAAUUAAACUGUUGAAUUUGAAGGAAAAUAAAGGCCUGCUGGGACUUAGGUUUUAGCUAUCAACAAACUAUACGCCACUGAAGAAGGAGGAAAUCCUUUUACAGAAUAGCAUCGGAGCGCGACAUGGAGACGGGACCAGACGACUUCCUACCGCCGCCAGAGUGCCCGGUGUUCGAGCCUACCUGGGCGGAAUUCCGAGACCCGCUAGGCUACAUCGCAAAAAUCAGGCCCAUUGCAGAAAAGUCGGGUAUUUGCAAGAUCCGCCCACCCGCGGACUGGCAGCCUCCCUUUGCAGUAGAAGUUGAAAACUUCAGAUUCACGCCCCGAAUUCAGAGGCUAAAUGAACUAGAGGCUCAGACCAGAGUAAAAUUAAACUAUUUGGACCAGAUUGCAAAAUUCUGGGAAAUCCAAGGUUCUUCAUUAAAAAUUCCCAAUGUAGAACGGAGGAUUUUGGAUCUCUACAGCCUUAGUAAGAUUGUGAUGGAGGAAGGUGGCUAUGAAGCCAUCUGCAAGGACCGUCGUUGGGUCCGAAUUGCCCAGCGCCUCAACUACCCACCAGGCAAAAACAUUGGUUCGCUGCUACGAUCUCACUAUGAGCGCAUCAUUUACCCCUAUGAAAUGUUUCAGUCUGGGGCCAACCUUGUGCAGUGUAACACUCACCCAUUUGACAAUGAAGAAAAAGACAAGGAAUACAAACCUCAUGGCAUUCCCCUAAGACCGUCUGUGCAGCCUUCCAAGUUCAGUAGCUGUAGUCGGCGGGCAAAAAGACUACAGCCUGAUCCAGAACCCACAGAGGAAGAUAUUGAGAAGAAUCCAGAGCUAAAGAAGCUGCAGAUCUAUGGGGCUGGUCCCAAGAUGAUGGGGUUGGGACUCAUGGCCAAAGAUAAGACUUUACGGAAGAAAGAUUUGUUUCUGACUGCCCUAGAUAAAGAAGGGGUCAUAUGCCCCCCAACUGUUUUGAUGAAGGAGGAACCAAGAGAGGAUGGGAAAGUGAUGUCAACAUUGCCCAAAGAGGACUUGAAUCACAGCCUAGAGCCCUGCACCAAGCUGACCAUGCGACUGAGGAGGAGUCACAAUAGUGCCCAGUUUGUUGAGACCUAUGUUUGCCGAAUAUGCUCCCGAGGGGAUGAAGUUGACAAACUUCUUCUUUGUGAUGGCUGUGGUGACAAUUACCACAUCUUCUGCCUAAUGCCACCGCUUCCUGAAAUCCCUAGAGGGGUCUGGAGAUGCCCAAAGUGUAUCAUGGCGGAGUGUAAGAGGCCCCCUGAAGCCUUUGGCUUUGAGCAGGCUACCCAGGAGUACACUUUGCAGAGCUUUGGUGAAAUGGCAGAUUCCUUCAAGGCUGACUACUUCAACAUGCCUGUGCAUAUGGUACCUACAGAACAUGUAGAGAAGGAAUUCUGGAGGCUGGUUAGCAGCAUUGAAGAAGAUGUAACGGUUGAGUAUGGAGCAGACAUUCAUUCCAAAGAAUUUGGCAGUGGUUUCCCUGUCAGCAGUAGCAAAAAGAACCUGUCUCCUGAGGAGGAGGAAUAUGCGACCAGUGGUUGGAAUCUGAAUGUAAUGCCAGUGCUUGAUCAGUCUGUUCUGUGCCACAUCAAUGCAGACAUCUCAGGCAUGAAGGUUCCCUGGCUCUAUGUAGGCAUGGUAUUCUCAGCAUUUUGUUGGCAUAUUGAGGAUCACUGGAGUUACUCUAUUAACUAUCUGCACUGGGGUGAGCCGAAAACCUGGUAUGGGGUACCUUCACUGGCAGCAGAGCAGUUGGAGGAGGUGAUGAAGAGGCUGACACCCGAGCUAUUUGAUAGCCAGCCUGACCUGCUACAUCAGCUUGUCACACUCAUGAAUCCCAACACCCUCAUGUCUCAUGGUAUCCCAGUUGUCCGCACAAACCAAUGUGCAGGAGAAUUUGUCAUCACAUUUCCUCGCGCUUACCACAGUGGCUUUAACCAAGGCUACAAUUUUGCUGAGGCUGUCAAUUUUUGCACUGCUGACUGGCUACCUACUGGACGCCAGUGCAUUGAACACUACCGCCGGCUCCGGCGCUACUGUGUCUUCUCCCAUGAGGAGCUCAUCUGCAAGAUGGCUGCUUUCCCAGAGAAGUUGGACCUGAAUUUGGCUGUGGCUGUGCACAAGGAGAUGUUCAUUAUGGUGCAGGAGGAGCGACGUUUACGAAAAGCUCUGUUGGAGAAGGGCAUCACGGAGGCUGAACGAGAGGCUUUCGAGCUGCUCCCAGAUGAUGAGCGCCAGUGCAUCAAGUGCAAGACAACAUGCUUCCUAUCAGCCUUGGCCUGCUAUGACUGCCCAGAUGGCCUUGUCUGCCUUUCCCACAUCAAUGACCUCUGCAAGUGCUCUAGUAGGCGGCAGUAUCUGCGGUAUCGGUACACCUUGGAUGAGCUUCCUGCCAUGCUGCAUAAGCUGAAGGUUUGGGCUGAGUCCUUUGACAACUGGGCCAACAAAGUACGAGUAGCUUUGGAAGUGGAGGAUGGCCAGAAGUGCAGCUUUGAAGAGUUAAGGGCACUGGAGUCUGAGGCUCGUGAGAGGAGGUUUCCUAACAAUGAACUACUUCAGCGAUUAAGGAACUGCCUAAAUGAAGCAGAGGCUUGUGUCUCCCAAGUCCUGGGGCUGAUCAGUGGUCAAGAGGCCAGGAUAGAAACUCCACAACUGACCCUGACUGAGCUACGAGUCCUUCUUGAGCAGAUGGGCAGCCUUCCCUGUGCCAUGCAUCAUAUUGGGGAUGUCAAGGAUGUCCUGGAACAGGUGGAGGCCUACCAAAUUGAGGCCCGGGAGGCCCUGACCUUACUGCCCCCCAGUGUAGGGCUAUUGCGGUCCUUGUUGGAGAGGGGGCAGCAGCUGGGUGUACGGGUGCCUGAAGCCCAUCAGCUCCAGCAGCAGGUGGAGCAGGCGCAAUGGCUAGAUGAGGUGAAGCAAGCACUGGCCCCUUCAGGCCAAAGGGGCUCUCUGGUCAUCAUGCAAGGGCUCUUGGUUACAGGUGCCAAAGUAGCCUCCAGCCCUUCUGUGGACAAGGCCCGGGCUGAGCUUCAGGAGCUGCUGACCAUUGCAAAGCGCUGGGAAGAAAAGGCUCAUUUCUGCCUGGAGGCCAGACAGAAGCAUCCACCAGCUACAUUGGAAGCCAUAAUCCGAGAGGCAGAAAACAUCCCAGUUCACCUGCCUAACAUCCAGGCACUCAAAGAUGCUCUGGCUAAGGCACAGGCUUGGAUUGCUGAUGUGGAUGAGAUCCAAAACGGUGACCACUAUCCCUGCUUGGAUGACUUGGAGGGCCUGGUGGCUAUAGGCCGUGACCUACCUGUAGGUUUGGAGGAGCUGAGACAGCUAGAGCUUCAGGUACUGACAGCACACUCCUGGAGGGAGAAAGCCUCCAAGACCUUCCUCAAAAAGAAUUCAUGCUACACCCUCCUGGAGGUGCUCUGCCCGUGUGUAAAUGCUGGCUCAGACAGCAGCAAGCGUAGCCGGUGGAUAGGGAAGGAGUUGGGCUUGUACAGAUCUGACACAGAGCUGCUAGGACUGACUGCACAGGACCUCAGAGACCCAGGCUCUCUGAUUGUAGCCUUCAAGGAAGGGGAACAGAAGGAGAAGGAGGGUAUCCUACACCUGCGUCGCACCAACUCUGCCAAGUCCCGUCCACUAGCAUCAUCGACCACUUCUGCAACCUCCAUCUGUGUGUGUGGGCAGGUGCCAGCUGGGGUGGGAACUCUUCAGUGUGACCUGUGUCAGGAUUGGUUCCAUGGGCAAUGUGUGUCAGUACCCCGCCUCCUCAGCUCUUCAAGGCCCAGUCCUACGUCAUCACCACUGCUGGCCUGGUGGGAGUGGGACACCAAAUUCUUAUGUCCACUGUGCAUGCGUUCACGGCGCCCACGUCUGGAGACCAUCUUGGCAUUGCUGGUAGCCUUGCAGAGACUGCCAGUACGGCUGCCUGAGGGUGAGGCCCUGCAGUGUCUCACAGAGAGGGCCAUUGUCUGGCAAGGUCGUGCCAGGCAGGCUCUGGCCUCUGAGGAUGUGACUGCUCUGUUGGGACAGCUGGGUGAACUUCGCCAGCAGCUGCAGAGUGAACCCAGGGGCAAGGAGGCACCUCCCUACCCUUCAGCCCCUGCCUCUCACCUACUCAGAGAAGGCAGUGGCAAGGAUAUGCAUAAGCAGGUCCCAGGGUUGCUGCCAAAUGUGGAUGGUGUGACUAGUCAUGAGAAGGUAGCCCCUCUGCAGAGAUCAGACCUGGAGGUACUGUCCUCACUGUUACCACACUUGACUGGCCCUGCAUUGGAUCUGCCUGAGGCAACCCGGGCCCCCCUCGAAGAGCUCAUGUUGGAGGGGGAUCUGCUUGAGGUGACUCUAGAUGAGAACCAUAGCAUCUGGCAGUUGCUACAGGCUGGACAGCCUCCAGACCUGGAGCGGAUCCAUACACUUAUGGAGCUGGAGAAGCAUGAACAUAAAGGAAAUCGGACUAGAAGCCGGACAUUGGAGAAACGACGGCGACAGCAGCAGCAGCAAACAGAUCUGGGUAGGCAAAGUAAGGAUCUUGUUCAAGAAGAGCUGCAGUCAAAAAAGGCUCGGAGCUCAGGGAUUAAGCUUGAGGAGGGGCAAGAAGAACAGUUUGAGGAAGAAACAGAUAGUGAAAAUAUAUUCCUGACAUCUCCUACAGACCAUAGCCCCAACUUGAAAGGGAACCAAAAUAGCUUGCAACAGAAAGAUUCUGGUCCUACAGCCCCUUUACCUUCUUUAACCCCUUUUCUAUACCAGUCCUACCCUCAGCAGGAAGAGUUGUGACAACAAACAGAAAAAGGCGCUUUUAAUUUGCUGCCUUUUGAACCUUCCUAGUUCCUGGACUUCAUUUCCUAUAUAGAAUUUGUCAAUUCAGAGUUUUGAUAUCUUGUCUUAAAGACAAUGUUUUAUUAAGCUCAGUUCCUAAGGCCCUGUGUGCCUCUUCCCAGAAGUUUCUUGCCUGCAGCAUGACUGGGACUAGAAAACAGUGCGUGAUUUCCCAACCCAGUUUAAUUCUAGACUUGGGCAAAUAAAAUUUGAGAAAGGCAUAUAUACCUCUUUGUUUCUUUUUUUUUUCCUCCAUAUUUUUCUUGUAUUGCUCUUUUUUCUUCUUCUAUUUUUAAAAUACUUUGGUGCUUCAGGGUUUUUUCUGCCUUUAUUCUACCUCCUUUUCUUUUCUCACCUUGUUUCACAUUGUAAGAAAAGACAUUGUAUUGUGUAAUUACUUGUUAGUGUCAAAAAGAAUACAGCAAAAGAAGUAGUUCUUGGUUCAAGCUGUUAUUAUGUAUUUUAAUUUGAUUCCCUUUGUUAAAAAUAAAACAGCAACUGGUAUGUUCCAAACCUGUGGAUCUGUGUUCUUUGAGUAUAACAAUUAAGGACUGUAAGUGGUACACUUAAAAACCUAGUUUUAAAUUUCUAUAAUUCUUUAUUGGUAGACAUGUGAAGAGUUGAUUUAUAUAACAUAUGAGACUUAGGUCAAGGGUCAUGUACCCUUUAUGGAUUCCAAUGUUCCAGCAGCGUUGGACAGUUACUCUUCCUCCAUUGAAUCAUUUUGUUACUCCUUUGUUGAAAAUCUGUUGCCUGUACUUCUGUGCACCUGUAAUAUUCCGUUCAUUAUUGAUUUAUCAGUCUGCGUCUUUGGCAAGACUCCAUUGUCUUGAUUAAUAUAACUUUCAGUUAGGCUUUCAGUAAGGUAGAGUUGAUUCCUCCUACUGUACACUGUUUCAUAAAGUUUAGCUAAUCUGCUACCAAACCUAUAUGCAGUUGGCUUUGCCUCAUGAAUUUAAUGGAGCUGAACUUUAGACGUAUAUUAUGCCUCUUAGUUUUCCUUUUUUUCAGAUGAUAAAUAUGACAUCUAAAACAUUUAUUCUUAAAAGUUUAGUACAAUAUGUAAAUACGUAAAGCAUGAGCAGCACAACACUUUGUUCAUAUUUAUAUUCUUGUGUGUGUCAGUGAUCCAAUCCAUACGCUCUAUUUUUCUUAAUCUCUAUCAGUAAUCAGAUUCUGUGGUUAUGGUUUGAAUGUCUUAAUCAAUGCUUUUACUUCGGUUCCUGCUUCCCCAGCCAGUGUAGACCUAUAUCUCUUUAUAAAAUUCCAUACAUAUGAUUGUUGCCACCCUCCUUAUUGUCUUCUGUUUUAUUUCCUGUUGGUCUUUUCCACUCUGUCAGUUAUCCUCAGACAUAACUUUGUUACUUGCAAAUCUACCAAUAUUCUGCUACCGCAGUUUCAGUUUCAUUACCAGUUACAAAAACAGUGAUAUCUUAAUGUAACAUCAGGAUUAAAUAAAUGUGAUGUCUUGAUAUUUCAUAUAUAUCUAAUAAGCAUUUUCUGAACUUUAAUGGGUAUUGGUGUCCCACACAGAUGUGCUAGGUUUAUGAUUCUCAGUGUGCACUGUGAAAUUCUGCACUAAUUCUCAAAGGGAAUGUCUUGCCUGUGUAUUUUUUUUGUCAGAGCUUAUAUUUGCACUUCACCAUUUGGAAAUCACUGUGUAAUGGAAAAUACUGCUACCCUAGUGAAAGAAUUGAGAUCGUCUGCAUACAAUAAUCUUACUAAGUGCUCAGCGACAAAUUACUUUCCUCCUUUCCAGUAAGGGGCAACACGAAGUCAGAUUUACCCUGUGAUUAUAGUUGAAUUAAGAAACAUCAAAUCUGUACCAGAAAGUUAAUUUCCAAAGCCAUUUAGUAUGCUGCAAUAGUGAUUAAGGGUAAUUCUUCCCUUUCUGGAAAAUUUUAAUCUUGAUUUGGACUAAAAAAAAAAAUUGCAGUAUAACUUUACCUUUACUAAGCCUUCAAAGUGCUGUGUGAUAUGGCUACUAGGCUAUUCAGUUUCUAUUUCUGAUGACAAAAAUUCAUGGAAGUGAUGAUGUUUAUGUUUGUGUUCAUCCGAGUGAGUAAAGUUCAUUGACACCAAUACCAAUAGCAAUACAGGAUAGACACAGAAAUACACCUUAUAUUUUCAAGAGGAUUGUUUAUUUGGCUUAUGUGUUCCACACAUUUUUACCACCACCACUUGUAAUACUCUUGGCAAAUUCUGUGUUCGGAAUCAGUGAAUUUUCUCAACUUCUAUGAAAAUACUUGUACCAGCAAUUGUCCCAUAUAGGCUAUUAAUAAAGGUCCAUCCUUUACUUGCUUCCAACUUGACACUGUUUUCAGAAAGAAAAAAAACAAAGGCAGUAGCAGUACUGUCUGCCACCUUAGCAGUCAGAGAAGUAGACUUUAAAUAAUUAUGUGUGUACAUAACUCUUUAUUCUCUCCAACAGGUUAAUUAAGUUUACUUUCUCUGGAUACAGUUCUUCAAGCUGCUCUUGUCAUAUAUGAUUUAGUUAACCCAGUGUGUAUAAGUGGCUUUCCUUAUUUGGAUGUCAUUGACUCAUCCAUUGGAGACCUACUUUGAUUGCAUACGGACACUUAUUUUUUUGAAGAAAUGCUGCUAAAAUGAGUCUCUCAGUUUUGAAUUUUCUACUUGUUCUGGCUGUUGUUUUCCUAUGGGGUUGGAUAUAAUGAGUGCUUAAUCUAGUAACACCAAUACCUACUGUGUUCUUUAACAGCUGUCAUGUUAUCACAUAAUAAACAUAACUUUUUGCCAUGUAAUUCAGUAACACAUGCAGAUCUGUAAACCAUGCCUGACAUUCGUCAUCCACUCUUCUGUUUGUGAUGGCUUCCCAGUAGUGAUAAAUAAAAAAUGAAGUCCUGUAGCAA